AUGGCCGAUUUCCAACACAUCAAGACAAUGCUGGAGCGCGCAGUUCAUCAGCGUCCCUUCCUCCUCGCUACUACUUCUGGAGCUGCGGCUCUAGUAGUGUUCGCAGCAUGGUGUGUUAAAGACUAUCGCGAUUACCUCGCCCUCGGCCCUGGUGGUCCUCCUUAUAAUGCCAAAGGAUGGGCGUGGGUCACCUUUGGCAUCCGUCCUUUUGCGCUGAGCAAGUCUGGUGCGACUUAUGUUGCCGACUAUCCUACAGAGGGAAGCCAUCCAGAGAUCAAGAGCCUACCGAGGCGACAGGGAGAGCGGGCACUGCUUGGUGGCAUCGCUCCUCAUCGCCAAUUAUCACAGCAUGCGCCUACGCGUAUGAGAACCUACGUCGAGAACCUCUUCGCCAACGCCGCACAACAACAUCCCUCGAUCCUCGAGACUAAGAAGUCACUAUACGAGCGCCACCACGAUGCCCUCUUCGUUUCACACAAGCUCCUCGAGUCACAGCCCGAGCAUCUGCCUAAGACAGCGAUUAUAGCGAGAGGCGAACUGGGCCAUGCCCACCCUGAUUUAUCGGUACAUCUAUACCUGUCCCCGGCAGACGCUCGCGUGAUCAUCGAGAAGGGCUGGGCCGAGAGACAUAGGCUCUCUGUCCCAGAGACCUCAUGGGUCAAGAACAAAUACGCUGUCGCUAGUACCUACCUAAUGAUUUACGGACCUCGGAAUGAGAAGGAGAUGGAGGUGUUGAGAGUCAUUCUUGAGAACAGCAUACGUUUCAUGACAGGUCGAGAUGAAGUUGAGAAGGUGCAGUGGAAGACCACUGUGUAG